GCAUGACUGCAUGCGUGGCUCAUGCUUCCUAAAGCCCCCCUUGAAAUCAGGACUGGGAUACUCAAAAAAGCUUCGCAGCUCAAUGCAGCAAUGGCGACUCUUUCUCCCCCUGUGGUACACCCGCGGGUCUCCCUCCGGCGACAAGGGUGGCGGCGGCUGCAUGGCUUGCCAAGCUGCCAGUUCAGACACGCCGGGAGAGUGCAGUCCAGCUACAGGGGACUCGAAGCGCUGUACGAUGAUGGGUACGGGACGGUAAAGGGCCUGGACUACUACUAUCAGGCACUCGGGCAGCUGGUGGGGUAUGACAGCGGGCCGCCCUGCUGGUUAUGCCCUGUCGAUGCUGGCUCGACGGUCGAGGAUGCUCCACUCAUGCUGUAUUUGCCAGGAGUAGAUGGGAUGGGGAUGGGGCUCUGCAUGCACCACAAGGCUCUUGGAAGGAUAUUUGAACUUAGAUGCUUGCACAUUCCUUUUCACGACCGCACACCAUUCGAAGGUAUCAGAUACCUGUGUAUUAACUGAUUAAUUUCUCUCCGAAGCAUUUUGCAUCUGAAUUGAAAAUUUGAGCUUACUUUAAGAUUCAGAGUGAAAUGCAUCCGUUUCGUUUGAAAAGGAAUAUUUCAUUUCUCCCUUCGUCCGCACCAAGAAGAUGGACACACCACACAAAGCCAUGUUUAGAGAAAUGACCUCCGGUUAACAUGUGGCAAAAACAAUAGAUGCUCAAUCAUUAAGUU